ACAAAAAGGAAAAGAAAAAAAAAGAGAAAAACCACACGCUACAGUAGCUGAAGCUUGUUGCCUUGUUCUCUGAAAACUGAAAAGGCCGAGACUUCGAGUGUUUCCCCGCUCAAUUUUCCACCGUAGUCGCCCCCAAGGAAAAACCCUAAAUCGAAACAGAAGAACCAAAGGAGAAACAAACAACAGUCUUGUUUUGGAGAGCAGAGCAGAGCAUUUGGACGACGACGACGACGAAAAAAAUACAAGUUUUCAAUACUCCAGGUGCCUUUAAUGCCCAUUGGGUUACAAAGAAUAUGAUUAUCAAGAUACAGAGCUGUGGAGAAAAAUUGGGUUCUCGAUGGAUGAUGCUCUCCCGAAAUUACUGUUCAAGUGAAGCAACAAGGCACAUUACUGAUCCAACCAAAAGAAUAUGCAAAAUCAUGAUGUCUUGCUCCGCACUCACACUUGAUACUGCCCUUGAUCAAAGUGGGGUCAGAAUUUCACCUGAAAUAGUAGAGGAUGUUCUCGUGAGAUUCAAGAAUGCCGGAAUGGUUGCAUACCGCUUCUUUGAAUGGGCAGCGAAGCAGCAAAACUACACGCAUAGUGUUAAGGCAUACCAUGCUAUGAUCGAUUCUUUGGCAAAGAUAAGGCAGUACCAGAUAAUGUGGGAGCUUGUGAACUCAAUGAGGACCCAAAGGAUGCAGAAUAUGGAGACAUUUGGUAUCAUUAUGAGGAAGUAUGCCAGGGCUCAGAAGGUUGAGGAAGCGAUUUAUACUUUUAAUGUUAUGGAAAAGUAUGAUUGUGCUCCGAAUUUAGCAGCAUUCAAUGGCCUACUGAGUGCUUUGUGCAAAUCCAAGAAUGUGAGGAAGGCUCAGGAGAUUUUUGAUAAAAUGAAGGACCGCUUUGAGCCAGACUCAAAGACAUACAGUAUAUUAAUUGAUGGAUGGGGAAAGGAUCCAAAUUUGCCCAAGGCAAGGGAGGUCUUUAGAGAAAUGGUUGAUGCUGGCUGUAAUCCUGAUAUAGUGACUUAUGGUAUCAUGGUUGAUGUUCUGUGCAAAGCAGGGAGGGUGGACGAAGCCAUUGAGAUUGUUCGGGGCAUGGAUGCUAGUGGUUGUAUGCCUACAUCUUUUAUUUACAGUGUUCUGGUGCAUACAUAUGGGGUGGAAAAUAGGAUUGAAGAUGCUGUUGAAGCAUUCUUGGAGAUGGAAAGGAAUGGAAUCAAGGCUGAUGUAGCCGUCUAUAAUGCCUUGAUUGGUGCUUUUUGUAAAGUUAACAAGUUCAAGAACGUGUGGAGGGUCUUAAAUGAUAUGACUUCCAAAGGUGUUACAGCCAAUUCGAGGACCUGCAAUAUCAUCUUAAACAGCUUGAUUGACCGUGGAGAAACUGGUGAGGCAUUUAGUGUCUUUCGUAAAAUGAUCAAAGUAUGUGAUCCAGAUGCAGAUACAUAUACAAUGAUGAUAAAAAUGUUUUGCGAGAGAAAUGAAUUAGAGAUGGCUCUUAAAGUGUGGAAGUACAUGAAGUUGAAACAGUUUGUUCCCAGUAUGCAUACAUACUCGGUCCUUAUUAAUGGAUUGUGUGAAAAUGGUAAUGCUUCAAAGGCUUGUGUCUUACUGGAAGAGAUGAUAGAGAAGGGGAUUCGGCCAUCAGGUGUGACAUUUGGGAGAUUAAGACAGUUGCUUAUAAAAGAAGGAAGAGACGAUGUACUGAAAUUUCUUCAAGAAAAAAUCAAUCUCCUUGUCAAAGAGCCUUUAUCUGAUUGAGGAGUCAGACUAGCAACUGAGAAAGUUUGGUUUCUUAAUGCAUUACUUACAAGUUCUGGAGUAUAUUGCUGAUGAUGUGCUUGCUCAUGAGAGAAAGACUCAGCUUUUGCAGGUAAAAUUUGUUUGAAAUCACUGCCGAAUAAAAAAAGGUUUCCCGACAAAUGGGUGUUAUUCUCCGAAUCAUUAUGGUGUGGUAAAAUAUCACGUAGAGUUUUAUCAAGUGAUUAAAAGCAAUGUUUGUGGUUCAUCUGAGCUUCAUCUCAAACAAUUAAGUCAGAUUUUUCAAUAACUUUUGCUAAAUUUGUACACUGCCGUCUACAGGUCUCUGGCAGGGAGAUCUGCUGUCCCCCCUUUUGUUCUUGAUCUGUGCUGAAGUCUACAAUUAUCAACUCGAUACUUUCCUGACACCUUUUUCUUGGCUUCGUUAGUCAAUGUCCCCUCCCAAGUUUGGAGGUCCUUAUGGGGAAGAGAGCUUGUCAAGCAUAGUGUUUUGUGGAGGAUAGCUGAUGGAACAUCUGUUCAGAUCUAUAAUGACAGAUGGAUUCCGAGACUGAUUACUGUUAUGGUUUGCAGUCCUUUAAAUUUUUCUUGUGAGUGAUCUUUUACUUCCUUCUGGGGAAUGGGAUAAAGCAAAAGUUGAAGCCAAUUUCUUUGUGGAGGAUGCUGAUUACAUUCUUAGUCUCCCAUAUAGCAAGGCAGACAGAAGGGACAAGUUGAUAUGGUUUUUUGAGAAGCAUGGAAAAUUCUCAGUGAGUUCAGGGUACAGUUGGCUUUGUCUUUCAUGGACAAUGCCUCUGAGAGAUAAAAGUCCACAAAUGAAUCUCAGUCAAGAUGUUUUUGGAACUUUGGAGUCUAGGGUGGCAAACAGAGUCGAACUGUUUUUGAGGAGGGCUUCUCGAAACAUCCUGUCAUGUACAAAUUCUAUAAAAGCCUGGAAAAUUACUCCUAGUGAUUUGUAUUCGAGAUGUGGUAAGAAAUCUGACUCUUGGAGAGUUGGAGGUGCAAUUUUGGUUUAAUGGGAAAGUGGAAUUUUCAGCAACUUCUUCAAUCUUCUUGAGUAUGCAGCUGGCACCCUUUCCCUGUGUGACUUGAACAGUUUGCUUACUGUCCCUAGUUACUUUGGAAAGAAAGAAAUGAUGUUUUUCAUGUGUUGUCUGAAAGACUUGAACUUAUCGCUGAGAAAGCCAUUUGUAUGCUGGAGGAGUUAAAAAAUGAAAAUUUAUUGGAAAGCAGUGCCUUAACAGAGAAUGCAAGAUGGACCCCUUCCAAUGAGGAUUCUUUCAAACUUAAUUCUGAUGUUGCCCUUGACGACAUUAAUGGUAGGAAGAGUUGGAGUGUGGUUCAAAAUUUGAGAGGAGAGCUGAAGGGGGCCCGUUCCAGAUCUUGGAAAGGGAGAGGUAGUCCUUUAGAGGCGGAGUUGCAGGGGAUUCUUGAUGGCAUCAAGUUUGCUAUUUAUGGAAGCUUCAUGCCUGUUAUGGAGUGUGGUUCAAAAUUUGAGAGGAGAGCUGAAGGGGGCCCGUUCCAGAUCUUGGAAAGGGAGAGGUAGUCCUUUACAGGCGGAGUUGCAGGGGAUUCUUGAUGGCAUCAAGUUUGCUUUUUAUGGAAGCUUCGUGCCUGUUAUUGUUGAAUCUGACUCUUCUGAGGCACUAACCCUUGUUGGGCAGCUGUUAGUCUUAUUGUGGAGGACAUCAAAAUGUUAUUGAGUAUCGCACAGGCAAGACAGUUAAGCUUCAUCCCCACAAGGGCAAUCUGGUAGCUCAUUGAAGAUAAGCAGUAGAGAAAUUUAUCCAUGGGAAAGAGAUUGACUUGGAGGAGUUGAGAGGGAGAGUGGACCAAGCCCAGAUACAAAAGGUAUGUGUUACAAGCAACUAGUAUUCUUGUGAAGGUGAUGUUUAUAGUUAAUGAUUGAUCAUCAACAAACUGUGUUUUCAGCACUAUAAGAUCUUUUAAGCCUUUGGAUAUGGAUAUCCACGCUUGCUGAUGCUAUUAUAUGCUGGAUUGCUGCUCGAGAUGCUAUGUGAGAAGAAGAAGUUAUAACAUAGUUUUUCCAGUGCCCAAAUGCAUUGCUACAUUACAUAUCUUUCUAAAAUGAGACUGAUGUUUGGGGGCUUGAGGGUAGAAUUGAAGAGCUUAUUUUAAAGUGGCCAAGGGAACAUAAAAGUUUGCAAAGUUUUCUCAUGUUGAGCCUAGAUAUGUAGUAUGGUUAUAGGAAGGGCCUGAAUGGCUAAUGAAUUGAAUAUAGAUUGAUAUCAACGAUAUUACCCUCUUUAUCUAUUGAAUGGAAUUUCAGUUGAUAGAAACUUGUAAUACUGAUCACAACACUCUACAAAAACUGAUAUAGGCUCUGCAACUGGAGGGACAUCAUCUGGUGUUUUCUCAGUAUAGUCUGAAUAUGAUCAGCUUUGUAAUGAACAAGAUCUUCAGGAAUCUAGAUGGAAAAGCAUUUAGUCUCUUGCUAUCCAUCCAAAGCUGAGGUCUUUUCUUUGCAUCCAGCAGGGUAAACUUUUAACAAAUGAUCAAAGGCUCAGGAGGCAUAUUGCAAGUACUCGUAACUGUGGUUUCUGUUCUGACAGUCCUGAUUCCUGAAACCAUGGUCCAUUUAUUGAGAGAUUGUAUCAAUGCCAAGCGUUUUGUUAGCUGUCAAUAUUCCCACUACUAUGAAAGCAACUUAUACUUCGGGAUGGGGUGAAUGGGUUAACUGCCAAUCUAAAAGCAGAGUUUUUUUUUUUUUCCUGGUAACUUGCAGUGGAACAUCUUCUUUUAGAUGGGUAACUGGAGAAUGGAUGAGUGCCUUCUUGGUUGAUAUUGGUACAGGAGAAGUGAUUCAAGCUGAAUCCACAGUAAAUUUGCAGAUUCUUGUUGCCUUGAAUGUUAGAAAUUUGGAAAUUGAGUCAGACUCUUCUACUAAUCUGGUGAACCUUUCACAUGCUGAGAACAUUGCCUUGCACCCUCUUGGUAAUAUUCUGCUGUUUGCAAGAGGUUGAUGAGUCAAUUUGAUUCUUUGCAACUUCAGCAUAUUCAAAGGCAAUAUGGUGGCAGAUCUUCUUCCUAAAGAGUGUUCAUCAUUCUGAAGGGGUGUGUACAUUUCGUUGCCCUCCUAAUCUUGUGAUUGAAGCUGUACUUGAUGACAUUCUAGGUGUUGUUUGGCCUAGGAAGGUUUGUAACACCAACUAUUAAUGCAUUGCAGAAGGAAACAAUAAGUCACAAGACAAAUAAUUCAAUCUAGAAUACUUUGGCCUCUUCCACACUUGGAUAGGGUCGCCCUACUACGUAGAUUGUAGGAUCGGCCUAUGGUCAUUGUUGUAGUGAGGUAAAAUAUUCAAAAAGAUCUCACUCACCCUUGUAAAUGGUCUUCAUUACCCUCGACGUGAUAGGGCGGCCGUAUCGAAGACCUCCCAAAUUACACCGGAUUGCUGAUAACAUAACAGUUUAAUUUAGGUUCGGAAUUUGAACAGUAUGAAGGUCUCUCACUUCACAUUGCCUUUCUUGUCAGAUUGUGAGACUGAAAUAUAUGAAAGGUGUCAAGACAAACUUUGGCUUGGAGUGAAUACCAAUCACUUGAUAGGCACAUUAGGGCGUUUUGGAGGAAAUGAGUUUUACUGUAUUAUAGAACCUGAAAACCUA